CUACCCACGUUGUUCCUCAUUGAAGUUGCUAUUAUGGCGGACGUCAAGGUGCUCGGUCACAGCGCUUGACCUCCUCCGGCCAGCACCCAGUCAUACCAAGUCACAAAAUCUCCAGCAAUGGGUCGUCUUGAACCUACAGUCGUCGUUCCGCCACAGGCUUUCCGCCGUGAUGCCCGCUCUAAACAGGCCAGAGCCACCAUCAACAAAACCAUCCCCGCCAUUCUUACCUCAUUCGCCCGCGCCCGUAAAGGCAUUGACGCCGCCGAACUCAUUGUCGACCCUCAGCCUGUCGCCUCCGACACUGAGGUCAAGUCCGACAAUGCCAUACCUAAAGAACCUAUGCAAAUUACACUUCAGGUGGCCGAAACCCUUGAUACCGCCCGGCAACUAUAUCAGAACUCUCCUAGUAGCCCAACUAAGCGGCCUAGAAUUGCCAUCUUAAACAUGGCUUCGCCGCUCUGUCCCGGCGGCGGUUUUCUUAAUGGCGCCGCUUCCCAGGAAGAACGCCUCUGCAUGCGUUCAACAUUGUAUCCCUCACUGCGCGACUCGUUCUAUCGGCUGCCUGAGAUCGGCGGCGUGUUCACACCGGACGUGCUGGUAUUUCGCGACCACACGGAUGAGGCACGAGAGCUGAGCAAGAAAGAGUCGUUUUUCGUAGACGUGGUGACAGCAGGCAUGCUUCGCUUUCCCGACCUGGAUGGUGAAGAGAGCGAAGAAAAGACGUACGCGCAUAGCAAAGAUCGGGAGCUGGUGCUCAGCAAGAUGAGAUCUGUGAUGCGAAUCUUGAAGAUGAAGGGCGCAGAUAAGGUCGUGUUAGGAGCUUGGGGUUGUGGUGCAUAUGGUAAUCCGGUCAUGGAAAUUGCCAAGGCUUGGAGAAAAGUGCUUCUUGGGACGGGAAGUGCAAAAAGAAAAGGUAAAAGCAAACGUGGGGGAGCGUUUGAUGGAGGCGAGGGAUGGGACGGAUUGCAAGUAGUGUUUGCCAUCAAGGACAGGCGUAUGGCUGAGGAUUUCGCUAAGUCAUUCGAAUCCGGCUUGGUAAUUGACGAAGUGGUUUGUGAGCAAGAAGAAGAGAUGAAUGACGGGUCGACCGGUGUCGUCGAAGAAAUGAGGAUCAAAAUAACUGAGAUGAAACUCCAGAUGGAGCAGGCACGCAACCCAGACCUUAAGGCACGGCUGCAGACAGUACUGGCCGGUCUGAAGAGCCAGCUUGCUGAGCUCAGUGGCGGAUCACAAUCCAGCGGCGACAGUUAUCCCAGUCCAGACGAAAUACAAGUGGACGAGGGUGACAAUGAGGUGUCUGAAGGCGAGAUUGAACAUAAGAGCUCAAGCGAGGGUUGUUGUAUGUCAGGCGAUGAACAUGGUCGCUAAGGUGCGCCAAUGAGUUUCAGUUGGAGACGCAUAGCAGCCUGACUAACCUUGU